AGGCACGGGCUCACAGUGUGCAAUUGCUUGGCUUAAUGAAGGUUUAGCGAAUUCGAAGAAGCAGCCGUAGCCAUGUGUCGGAUGUGUGCUUUGAUAUCUGAUGAAUCCGUGCUGUUGGCCGAUAUCUUAUUGAGGCCUCGUAUGUCACUCGUGCAUCAAAGUUAUGCAGCGCGAGAACGCCGUGCAUUGCCUCAAGGAGUCUCCCCCAGUAUGGCGUAUCAACAGCCAUGCUUGAAUGCAGAUGGUUUUGGAGUUGGCUGGUACGCUCAGCAAGCUCCGCUGCCCUGUGUUUUCACUUCGUUGAAACCAGCAUGGAACGACCCCAACCUCCGCAAUUUGUCGGAGGAGGUUCGAUCUCCUCUAAUUUUUGCCCACAUCAGGGCAGCAGGCCCGUUCUCCUCCGUGAACGAGGCCGCUUGCCAUCCAUUCAAGGCAGGCCGUUUUUUGUUUGCACACAAUGGUCUCGUGGGGAACUUCGCCCAUAUCAGAAGACCACUGCUAGCAAGCCUGAACGAGUAUGCUUUCGGCAUCACACUGGAGCAUGCUUGCAUUGACUCCGUUGUUGCCUUUGGGAUCUUUUUGACGGAGCUUGGCGUGACCAGCGAUGAAGAUGCUAUGGAUGAGCGUACGGCGGAUUCCUUGUGCACCGCGCUCUCCAGGACGGUGCUCAGACUGACGCAAGCCGCUGCAGAGCACGGGCCGGAGGAGUCUUUGCUGAAUCUGAUGGUCACAGAUGGCCAGCGCAUCGUUGCGUGCCGCUAUGGCACAGCCCCUGCAACAGAUUCUGGUGAUCCUCAAGACGGCGACUUAGCUCUGGGCGCAACUCUCUAUCUCAGUGUCGGCUCUCGGUGGCUGGCCUCUGCCGACGACCCUCAGGCCUUCCGGAUGAAGAAGGGGGCCGACAUCAAGUGUUGCACUGCUAUUUUGUCAAGCGAGCCCCUCACUCCAAUUCGGGAAGAAUGGCUGCCCAUUGCUCCAAAUAGCAUCGUGCUAUGUGGCCGUACUGGUGGGCAUAGCCAAGCAAUCGAUACGCUAAUGUUUCCACUGAAGUGUGGGCCAGUUGUUGGCCUCAGUGCUCUCACAGGCGUGGAGUCUGCGCCCAGAGCUGCCAAGGCAAGCGUUGCAGAGUCUCAGGAGGUCACAUCGAAUGAGAUCGAGCCGCCGCCUGUCCACCAGGACGUGUGGAUGUCCAUCACCGCUGCCUCGGAGUCUGGAGAUGUAAACUGCCUGGUGACGCUGUCAGAAAAUGUUUUUGCGGCUGGCUCCAUGGACGGCUCCCUGCGGUUCUUCCAUGCAGAGCAAGGUCAGGCACUGGCAGUGCGGCGUCAUAGCCAAGCCAGUGGUCCAGUCUUGGCGCUGCUCUUCCUACCGCGGACCGGGGACAUGCUCCACAGCCCCGCUUCGGGGAAAAUGUCGCCUCGUGGAGAUGAAUCCCCAGACAGCAUCGCCAGCCCUGCUGAGAGCACCCCACGCUCGCAAACGGGGCAUCUCCAACCUAUCGGUCGGGCACGAACAGAUGAAUUGCCAAGCCGUUUGUCUGAACGACUCUCGAAGCCCUUGUUUCUGCCGAAGGCCGAUUUGCGCUCCCCUUGUGGAAUGGAUUUGUUGCUGUCCACUUCAACAAACGAGCUGCGGAUAUGGGAUGUCUCCGCAUUGCUGCAGGACCUUUCAGAUGACGAAGUCAGCGUGCCAUGCUUGCUGUGCUUCCACUUUGCCCCAAACCAGGGGCAUUUGCUGAGCAUCGCCGGCAACUUGGAAAACGUGCUGCUUGGCUUCCAGAGCAGCAACGUGUUCUGCCUGCAUCUGAUGAAUGGCUGGGCGAGGUUGCUGCAGGCAAAGACUCGCACUCGCACAACCAGGCAUUACACCUUCAACGUGGAACUGUCCAAACGAAGCUCGGCAAUGUCAGCUGCUGCCGCCAAAUUCAGUCAUCAUACUCUGUUGGAGCCUUUGCAGACCUGUGCGAACGGGCACAUGGGAUUUGUGCAUUGCAUUGCUUGCGAGCCCGUCUCUGGCGUGAUUGCUUCGGGUGGUGGCGAUGGGCGAAUCAUCUUCUGGUCGCAGCGUCAGGCGGUUUGCGUCUUCAAUCAUGGUGGUCCUGUACUGGCGGUAGCAGCCUGCGCAGACUCCAGGGCUUUCUUUUCCGGCGACGCCUAUGGCCGCAUCCGGGUUUGGGAUGCUGCGUCCGUUCAGCAUGGGAGCAAGGCCGUGCUGUGCUCAGGAGGUGUGGGGUGUGCCGCCAUCUUGACGUUGGCCUUGCUGCAGAAGACCGGAGUUUGUGAGGGGCCACCGCUGGUGAUUGCAGGUGACGCGGCUGGAAUCCUGCGAGUCUGGGACAGUGAGCACUGCUCUCUUCUGAGAGAAGUGAGUACUGAAAUGACUUGCUGUGCCGCGGCCACAGCUUUGGGCAUGAGGACGGCGUCUCAGAACCACUUUUCCCUUCGAGUCGUGAGCGGCUGCAGCUCUGGUGGGGUCAAGCUCGCCUAUUUGGACCUGGUCAGCUCCGCCAAGAUUCUUCUUUCCCCCAGUCGCCGAAUCUGCGGCAUGUUCUGCCAAAGUCAAGACUGUGGGCACGAGGACGUGGUAGAAUUUCAGCGCUUGGUCUCUUUGCUUGGCGAGUUCGUUGCGCUGCAGACAGUGUCUAGUGACAGCAGGAAUGACGGAGAGAUGCGAAAGGCGUCAUCCUGGCUGGCUACAAAGUUCGAAGAACUGCUCGGGGCCACUGUCCGAAUUUCACCUGGCGGUGUGGUCGCGCGAUGCGGCUGGGACUCCAACAAGCCUCUGGUGAUCAUGUACUCGCAUUAUGAUGUGGUGGCUGCAGGGAAGUGCUGGAAUACGGAUCCAUGGAAAAUGGUUGCGAAGGAUGGCUACUUCUAUGGCAGAGGAGUCAGCGACAACAAAGGCCCAAUGCUGGCCCAGAUUUUUGCUGUGCGCCGGCUUCUACAGGGGGAGGCAGACUUUUGCCUGUCUGGCUUUGACACAGAGACUUUCCAGGAGAACCACUGCCCUGUGAACGUGCUGUUCAUAGUGGAUGCUGCAGAAGAAAGUGGCGACCCGACGCAGACCAUCCGAAUGGUCCAAGACGCACGCAAUGAUGGCUGGCUUCGGGGCGACACCAUUGGCCUGAUUAUCAACAAUUCUCAGUGGAUUGAUGAUGAGCGGCCGUGCUUAUGUUAUGGUAUGCGCGGCGUGGUGGACUUUGAAGUUGCUGUGCAGGGAGGCGAAAGGGACCUGCACAGCGGCGUCAAUGGCGGGCUGGUUCCAGAGCCCAUCUUCGACUUGGUUGCGCUGCUUGGCUCGCUAGUGGAUGCCUCUGGGGUGCCCACUGUGGCUGGGCUUUGUGACGGUGUGCCUCAAGUGGAGGACAAAGACAUGCAGAACCUCACGGCAGCCUCGCAGCAGAUGUCGGUCGGCAAGAUCAGCAAAAGACUGGGGCUGCAAUCUGACAGCGCUGGGCCGGCAUGGCUGCACAGCCUGCAGAAUCCAGGACUGGAGGCGCUGAAGCGGACCUGGCUGCAGCCGUGCCUUUCCAUCACGGAAGUGGGCAGAGGUCCCAGGCAUCAGCACGGGCGGCACAUCGCGAACCGAGCUUCAUGCGUGGUUUCUGUACGAACCCCAGGACAGAAGUCUGCCGACGUGGUCAGUUGCAUGAAGCUGCACUUGAAGCACGAGCACCCUGGCAAGCAACCUGGGUGCGCAGGCAAACCGGCAACGCCUCAGGUUCGCAAAGCGGCGGACUUGCAACAAGCUCGAAAUCAACACCUUGGCAGUAUCGGAAGCCUGGCAGACUCAUCCAACGUCCAAGGUGUUCUGCGCAGCUCGCGCUGCGGUUGCAGAAGCCUGGAAGAUGGAGGAGUCGGAUGUACUGGCAGUACGCGAAGGUGGAACCAUUGCAAUCCUUCCACUUCUGGAGGCAGAGCUGGGAUGUGAUGCGGUUCAGAUGGCGUUCAGUCAGGCAUCCGAUGCCGUUCAUCUUCCAAACGAGCGCAUGUCGCGCGCAGUGCUGGCACGAGCAGUGGAUGCCAUUGCAGGGACUCUGACACGGCUGGCCGCAGGUUAGAGAAGAAGGCUGAAAUAUCAAGGAUGUGUUUUUGUGUUUUCUUUCAGCGGCCAUCUCGCCGAAGUCGGUCAUAGGCUUGUACAUACGCCAGGUGCCGAUCAUGUUGGUGCCUUGAGGUGCUGCAUGACCAUUCUUUACACGGCGGGAGAGGAUGACAUCGUGGCUGUUUCUGCCAACCCUCCCAUCCUCAUAGUGCGUAGGCCGCCUACUUUUAGGGUGCAAGGUCUACAGGACCAGUCCCCGCGCUUGCGGCCAGGAAGC